AUGAGCUUCGAUAAACUAAUGUUAAAUCGACCAAAUUAUACUACAAGAAAAUUAUUAUAACCCUUCUUUGUGUCAGCCAGUACUCAGAACUUUGUAUAAACUCCUAUUAUGAAUAAAACAGAAAAUAAAGAUAGACCAUAAAAUUUUAUAGAAACUUAAAGAAAGACUUUUCAUUAAAAAAAUGAUUCCAAUAAAUCUUAAUCUAUUAGCAUUAAAAAAUAAAGAGUUUAAGAUGCUUAUAAUUCAUUAUCAGAUUUUAAUGAUAAAAAAUAAAUUAUUGCAUCUCUUAAGACAUUAAAUUCUGCAGAUGAGAGGUUGAUCUUUUGUAAUAAAUUAGAAUACAAUUAAUUGAUAAAAUAUUAGAAAGAAAAGAUGAAAUGAUGAUAGCAUAAUUAAAAUUGAAAGCUGUUAAAUUAGAACCUAUCUUUAAUGUUAUUAGAAGGAAAUUGCGAAAAUAACGUUUAGGAAGUGCUACUCCUAAUUAAUCAAAGAAAGGAACCAUCAUUAUGAGAUAAAAAACAACAGAAGACUUACUUUAAACAUUGCCAGAUCAAACUAGAGAUAGUAAAGAGAAAUAAGAUCAUAGUCUAAAUUAAUAAGAAACCAUCAUUGAAGAUUAAAUCAUUGAAAAAAUAUAGACCAAAUUUACUGCUGGAGUAGCAUUUUCUUGGCUUGCAAAUAGACAUGAAACUAAACAAGGUAAUUAUAAAUUACUAUAAAUAUUAAGUUCAAUUAGAUCCUGAUCCUACUGAACGGCAAUAUUUGAGAAGAUCGACUGCCUUACAAAAUGGAAAAAACACUAUUAACAGGCUCAAAUAAUAAGUAUCAAAGAAAGUAAGUGAAAACUCAGACGAUCUAAUAAGAAGAGGUAACUUUAAUGCAGAAUAGAAAAAAGAAAAAAGUGAUCUUAGUAAAAUCAAAGCCAAAGUUGAUUCUGGUUUAAAUAAACCUUAAUUGAAUUCAUUACCUAAGAUUAACAUAAUAAAAAGGUAAGAUACUCUAAAAUAUGUAACAUCUGAGAGAAAAGAAAUUUCUACACUUGGUGAAAUCUAAACAUUGAGAAGUGAAAGUAAAACAAGAUUCUAAAAACUCUGA